AUGUCAUUUAAUAAAGCAAAACAAUUAGCAACUUUUUCUCGUGUUUGGUAUUUAUUUGAUGCUAAGUGGCAAUGUCCACAUGCAUCUGGUGAAAGAAUUGCACGGAUUUUACGUGGUGAACAUAAACCAAUUUAUUAUCCUGGAGAAUCAACAGGUGAUUGCGUUGUUGCAAUAAAUACUCGACAUAUAGCUUUACGUAAUGAUGCAUGGCGUGCUGAAGCAUUACAUAUUAGACGUGAAUAUGCUAAAACAAGAUAUGAUAUACCUUUAUUUAAAUUACAUGAACUUGAUCCAACUAAAGUUCUUCAUUUAUGUACUAUGAAUUGUAUGCCUCGUGAUAGUGGUCGACGAUAUGAUUUAGCUCGAUUAUAUACAUUUCCUGAUGAUGCUGUACCUUCUCAUUUAAUACGAAAUGUAAGCGAUCAAAUACGUGGUUCACGUACUACACCACAACGUCUUGAUGAUUUAACACCGGAUGAUAUAGAAAAGUUUCCACAGAUGUUUAAAUGGCCGAAAGAAUUAGUCGUAGAUGAUCUUGAUCGAGAUAAAUUUGUUCGUGUUCUAUCACCAGAAGAAUUACCUAAACGACACGUUAUGCUUGGACAACGAGCUGGAAGACAGAACUAUUGGUUUCAUGUACCGACUACUCGACAUGAAGAAGUUAAAAUUAAUUGA